GGAUAAACUAAAAAAUUGAUUGACGAACGACGCGAAAAAGGGGGCCAGAAAAGUGAAAAAUGUCCAAAGAAAAAGAGGACGAGUGCGAAAAAAAGGAAAUGGGGGGCGCAGAUGGAAAAUCUUCAAACAGCGACGACUCAGAUGAGUAUCAAUCAGCCGGCGAGGGUGACGAUUCCGAUCCAAUUGCUCCGGAGCCCCAACCCCAAACCAACACACACCUGUGUGAAGACCCCACACCUGAGCACACACCCAUGGCGACAUUGGAGCCCCUAGAUGAAUACACAGUGUAUCCGAUGCAUCAAAGCGUUUUUGAAGAUGACAUCAAGACAUUGCAGCGCCGACUCCUGCUGCGCACCGCUCAGGAGGAGAUUGGCAGCAAAGACAAGCACGGCAAUACGCCACUGCAUUUAGCCGUUAUGCUGGGCAGGAAGCAUGCCGUGCGCCUGCUUCUGGCCAACAACGCCCCCGUCAGGAUCAAAAACAACGAGGGCUGGUCUCCUCUGUCCGAGGCCAUCAGCUACGGCGACCGCCAGACAAUCACUCAAUUGCUGCGCAUGUUGAAGCUACAGUCCAGGGAGCAUAUGGAGAAGCGCCGCGAGAAACUGGUGAGGGCUCUCAGUCAGAUGCAGGACUUCUACAUGGAGUUCAAGUGGGAUUUCCAGUCCUGGGUACCGCUAGUGUCCCGCAUUUUGCCCUCCGACAUUUGCAGGUUAUACAAGUCAGGCGCCUCUAUUCGGCUGGACACCACCCUGGUUGACUUCAAUGACAUGAAGUGGGAGAGGGGUGACAUUUCGUUUCUGUUCCGUGGCGAAGCUCCUCCCAGGGAGGCCCUGGUCCUGCUUGACAACGAGCAGGCGUGCUAUCACCGCUUGCGCCACGAGGAGGCUGACAUGGAGGAUGAGGUGGAUGGGCUCAUGUCAACCGACAUAAUGGCAACCCAAAUGUCUACCAAGACGAUCAACUUCACCCGGGCGCAAAGCGGCUGGAUUUUCCGCGCGAACCGCAAGGAACUCAUCAGCGGUCAGUAUCAGUGUGAGCUCUAUACCAUACAGGGCCUGAUCAUAAAGCAGCGCAAGCGACGCGAGCAUCUCUCGCACGAGGAUCUGCAGAAGAAUCGCGCUAUUAUCGAGUCAAUGCGGAGCUCAGUGGUACAACCCGACGGGCGUCGCUCCAGCCUGAACAGUCAGUCCACGACCACGACUACUGACGACGGCACACCGGCAGCAGGGAACGGCAAUGCUCAGCCAGAGCUGCCACGACGCAGCUCGUUGCAAGCUCCCCCAGCCAGCGGUGUCACCUGGGAUCAGUACUUGGAGGCUGCAGUGGGGCGAUGCCCGCGCCUGGGACGCCCAGUCGUCAACAAGCAGUCCACCAAGACCCUGCGGGCCACGGUCGCCAUGAGCACGGACUUCCCACUCAGCGUUGAAAUGCUCUUGGACGUCCUCGAGGUGGUGGCUCCCCUGAAGCACAUCAACAAGCUGCGAAACUUCGUGACGCUCAAGUUGCCCACUGGAUUCCCGGUCAAGAUUGAGAUUCCCGUGCUGCACACUGUGACGGCCAAGGUAACGUUCCAGAAGUUCGAGUUCACCAACAGCAUUCCCGAUAAGCUGUUUGAGAUACCCUCAAACUACUGGGAGGAUGUGAGACGCUUCCAAGACUUAUGACCAAGCGGCGGCUACGCUGAAGCUGAGGGCGAAGGGGAAGCCGAAACAUUUCCGACGGCCGUCCAGCAUGGAUCCCAAACUGGACUCUGCGUGGACCUGAACACUUAGAGCAAUGCAAUACGUAUCCCCAACCCCCACACAUCCCUCUCCUGGCCUCUCCCUCGCUUAGAUCGUGAUGUACAUUUCGCUGACAAAUUACCCAAAUUGCUUUCGAGCCGUUUUGCAUUUGUAUGUUUUCGUAGUUUUAAGAUAAUUUUAUUGGCAGAACUUAAGGCAAUGCAACAAAGCUCUCUAUGGCCUGCUCCAAAUUUAUUCGUUACGCUGAAAUUAAGAAUAUUUUCCAUUUGGGUCGCUUGCCAAAUUAAAUUUUUAAGUAACUGCCGUGAAAAUUUCAAUCAUUCGCCUACAAUUUGUUAUGUACUUCUAUGUAUAUUUUGUUGGUUCAUAAUUCUGCCUGUUUUAGAAAAGGGCACAAAUCUAUGUGUUACAUACGUAUUAUUUAGUAUUCAAGUAUUUAUUGUAAGUUACAUCUGUAGUGCAUUUGGAACAUUCUGCAUAGAAUCGCAACUGUUUCAUAGCCCCUAAGACUUUGGCGAGUUGCAAUGAAUCAUUAAUAAUGUGUUAGAGCAGCUGCUCGUUUGUGGAAACCACAUAUUUCUGUGCUAUAAAAUUGACUUUCUUAUUAUCCACUAAUCGCCGCAAAAUAUAAGUUAUCUAUCAAUUAUUUGAGAGAAAGAAAGAGAGAAAACCAAGGUGGCAAAUCAUUGAGAGUAUAUUCUGACCAGAUGACGACCAUAAGCACAGUGUUCCACAUACAUUGCAUUAUUUUAUUUAUAUUUGCAUUCUGUUUCAUGUUUAGUUCAAUUUUAACUGUAUAUUUUUAAGGAUCUUAAUGUGAAUCAUGAAACUGUAUCCUGCAACCCAUACCCCAACCAAAAAGAGUGCAUCGGACGAGAAUGCAUAGUAAAAUAUGUACAUAUAUUUUUUAAAUAUGCUACAAGAUGUACAGGAGAAGACAAACUUCCGUCACAUCACCACAAUUUCACAAAACAAUAUAAAUAAUCGCCAAGAGUAUUUAAAAAGUGCGCAAAGAGUAAAGCAGCUUCACAAAUCAAAUAAAACUAAAUAGAUACAAAGAGAUACA